AGUCUACCCUAAACCAAUUCUGUGCCGCCAUAUCUACCCAUUUGCCCUUCGUGAAGACCAGCUGUGGGACAUGCGGCGGAUCAUCCCAACCCACAUCAGCCCACUCGCCAAUAACCCUAGUGUCGCCCAUACCUAACAAGAAAUUGCAGUCUUAUCUCUGUUUUUACUAGGGUAGCAGACCAAAAAGUUACGCCUGUGAUGGUUAGAGGAGCGAUGGGGUUUUGACGAUCCAGGUGACUAGCGCUGCUUCUAUCACCCUUAUAAUAUUUUACGGCGCCCUCCAAAAGAAAACACUGAAGCAGAGUCUUCAAUUUCAAUGCGGAUGAGCAGGCCAACCUCUCUCUGACUGCUGACGAAGGAGAUUGUCGCUCCUUUUGCUCUGAAUGUAGAUGCGACUGAGACUAAGCGCAGAGCCUUCCUUCCUGCAAACAGAUGUGAAUUUAUUUGUGAUCUACCUUGUAAAUUGCCCUCCUUAGGACUGAGCUUAAUUUUGGUAACAAGUUGCCCCCGUUUGCUGACUUCACUUUAGCUCUGAUCUGAAUUUGUCUCUUCAGGUCCAAGUUUGUCGUCCUUCUCAAGUCAGAUUUGUCCUCUUUCCAGGUCUGAUUUUGACAAAAUCUGCCCUAGUUCACACUUCUCUGCUAUUUCAAUUUAUUUUAUCUCUUCUGUAACUCACAUUUGCAGUCAGCAAAUAAAGUUGCUUCAGGUCUGCGAUUAAUUCUGAUUUGAAACUUACUUGAGGUGUGUUGCAAUUCGUGCUUAGUUACUGGGAUAAAAUCGCCUUCAAUGUCCUUCAAUUUGUAGUUGAAUUACUUUUCUAAUGUCUGAAAUGUAUUUCUUGCUCCUUGAUCUGCAAUGAUCUUGCCCUAAUCCGCCUCAGGUCUGCUUUAAUCUGCUCCUCAAUUAUUGUUUUGGAAUUGCCCUGGAGCGAUGGUUUUGACUGCAGUAAUCCGCAAUGCGAUAAUUUUCUGUUUUAAUUUUUUAAUUAUUGUCACUCCUUGUAUAAAUUUUAUCAAUGUUGAACAAUUUUUUUUUAACAUUUUGUAAGAAAUUUAGUGUAUAUUAGACUUAACUGUCGCUUAAUGCUCUAGGUUCCCCACUCCUCACCAAGCUAUGAAUUCUGGUAUAAAAAGGGGACCAAUUGUCCAAUGCACAAACUUGAAUAGUGCAACAAUCUCUGCAACCUUUAAAUGCAGUUUUUUUUUCAAAAGAAACAAAUGAAUAGUUCGUAGCAAUGUCAAAUAUUUAAGCUUUUUGCAUCAUAUUGGAGCUUACCUAUUCCUCACUCCCUAUCGACAACAAUACGAAUUCUACAAUAACAACAGGCCUAGCUUUGAAUGUACAAAGUGCAGCAAUCUCUUCCGCUUCCCUCUUCUGCAACCUGUAAAUGAAUAAGUGAGUUUUUGUUGAAAAAAAAACAAUCAAGAGGAUUUUGAAUGUGGAAUAGUGACAACCUGUAAUAGGAUUUUAAGCGUUAGCUGUUGGACAAAUGUGGUCAGAUUUGACAAGGCAACAGACAUUCUAGAAGAACGGCUAGAGUUAUGAUGAUGAGGUUUGCUGCAUGGCAUGAUGCCAUCUUAGGAGGUGCAUUUUCUAGGGAGAAUGGCCUGUAGCUAAAGACAACAAGAAGAGAUGCUUUGUAACACUGGGAAGGGCAUAAAUGCAAAUUUUAGAUAAGAUGAAGACAAUUAAGCACAGCCCAAAAGCUUUCCCUGUUCAUUUUUUUUUUCACCCAUAUAAAAAACAACAUCUUUAUCAAGGCUAUAUGCUUACAGUGCACGGAAGGAUAAGUCUUCAAUCAGAAAGGAAUCAGCAAAACGCGUAUUGGAUUUGUGGUUUAAUAUUUGUGAGGAAUGGUAUUUCUUUGGUAAGGCCGUCUAUAUCUGUUUGUCUAGAAUGUUUUGUUGUUUAAUGUUAGCAUUUAGUGUUUGUAUUAAGUAGGUGCUGCAGGCCACCAUGAAUAAUUUAAAUUAAAUUACUGUUCAGAAGAUCGAGAUAUGAUCGAGUCUUCCGAAAUUGUCAUUGUAUUUGAAAACCCACAUUGACCAAUGAGGAACUGUUCUCUGAACGCGGAAUAGCUGAGACAAAUAUAAAAUUACUUGAGCGCAUUUAUAAUCAUAGGUUUUGUGGUUGAAUUCAGAACUUCAGAAGAAGAGGGCAUUCCUUUUGGAGACCGAUUCUCUGGGUUUUGUUGGGUUUAAGUAAAUAGUGGUACUAGUUAUGAGAGUUUAAUGUAUUGAAUUUCAGUAUCAGGAUAAGUUAAGAAAAACUUCUAGUUCGAAACAUUGAAUGUAAGCCUUUGGAUCAUUGUGAAGAAGCCAUGAACAAGCAUUAAUUUGGAAAGAGCUUUGAAUAGUAUAUAUAGUGAAUUUAAGGUUAUUACAAGGAAGAAGAAAUCAGCGGUCCUGAAUAGAAGCCAAACAUGGCACCAUCUGCAGGCGAACGCUCUUUGAAGGAAACUCCUACUUGGGCAGUAGCUGCUGUUUGUCUAGUAUUCAUUCUCAUUUCCAUAGCACUUGAACAAGCUAUUCAUCGUGUUGGAAAGUGGCUUUUGGCGCGAAAUAAGAAGUCCUUGUUUGAGGCACUUGAUAAGAUCAAAUCAGAAUUGAUGCUUCUGGGGUUCAUCUCCCUCCUAUUGACAAUUGGACAGCAGCCUAUUUCCAAGAUUUGUAUAUCGAAAAAAAUAGCCUACUCUAUGCUUCCCUGUGACAAGAAGAAAUAUUCAGAGUCGAAAUAUGAGGACGAUUCAGGUGAUGAAAACCGCCGGAAACUACUCUGGGCAUCCAUGUCUUCUAAUCAAGAAGUACCAUGGAGGCGUGUUUUGGCUUCUGCUGGGUAUUCUGAUCCCUGUACCAAGAAGGGCAUGUAUCCUCUUGUCUCCCAGGGUGGCAUUCACCAACUCCACAUCUUCAUCUUUAUAUUGGCGAUUUUACAUGUCUUAUACAGCGUCAUAACCAUGGCCUUAGGAAGAGCGAAAAUGAAGCGUUGGAAAUCAUGGGAGAAGGAAACCCAAACAUUGGAAUAUCAAUUUUCAACUGAUCCUGCAAGAUUCAGAUUUACCCACGAAACUUCAUUUGUAAGGCGUCACUCAAGUUUCUUGAUCCGAACUCCGAUUCUUAAAUGGGUUGUAUGCUUCUUUCGACAAUUCUUUUGGUCGGUACCUAAAGUUGAUUACCUUACUUUGCGCCACGGCUUCAUUGUUGCCCACCUGGCUCCAAAUAGCAAGUUCGAUUUUCAGAAAUACAUAAAAAGAUCUUUGGACGAUGACUUCAAGGUGGUAGUUGGAAUCACCCCUCCACUGUGGGCAUUCGCUGUGGUCUUUUUGCUUCUAAAUGUGUCUGGGUGGUAUACUUACUUUUGGCUCACUUUCGUGCCCUUAUGUAUAGUUCUGUUGGUUGGGAUGAAACUACAAGUCAUAAUAACAGAGAUGGCCUUAGAAAUCAAUGAUAGACAUGCUGUAGUCAAAGGAACGCCAGUAGUAGAGCCGAGUGAUAAAAGGUUCUGGUUCCAUCGCCCCAAGUUGGUUCUCUUUCUGAUACAUUUUACUCUCUUCCAGAAUGCUUUCCAGCUUUCUUUCUUUUUAUGGAUAUGGUAUGAGUUUGGCCUGAGGUCCUGUUUCCAUCAAAAUUUUGGAAUUAUCAUGGUUAGACUUGCACUGGGGAUUGCUGUGCAGUUCUUGUGCAGCUAUAUUACACUUCCUCUCUAUGCACUUGUGACACAGAUGGGGUCUCACAUGAAGAAGGCUAUAUUCGAAGAACAGACAGCCAAUGCACUAAGGAGAUGGCAGCAAAAUGCUAAGAAAAAUAAGAAGAAAAACAAAACGUCUGAAUUCUCUGGAAGUGGAUUUCGAAGUGGUGAAACAACUCCCAGCCAUGGAACAUCACCAAUGCACUUGCUCCACAAAUACAAAACAAUGGGAGAUAUUGAAAGUCCAGAUAUCUCUCGGACAAGUCACCAUUCAGACUAUGAAGCAUCAGAUUAUGAGAUGGAACAGCCUUCUCCUUCUUCUUCUCCUCCUCAUUCUCUAUUCUCCCACCAUAGUCAGCUCUCCCACCAUAGUCAACCGGCCUCAACUUCAAAGGCAGAGAAGAACGCACAGGCAACAAGGCAACAGUCCACUGCAAAAGAGACAGACAUCAACAAUACUGAAUUCUCCUUUGCAAUGUAAACUACUGAAACACGUCAGACUUUUAUAAAAAAUCAAGACAAAUAACUUCCAAGAAUGCUUAAAUCGUCUCCUGUCCCUUAGAAAAUCAAGAUACUAAACCCAGUUAUUACAGUUACAUUCUACUAUUUUAUUAUCAUGCCGACCAUCCAAAUCUAAACUCUUUCUGAAGUGUUCGUACCCAAAUUCCUGAAUGAUCAACCAUGUAUUAAGGGGCUCAGAUUACUGUCAAAAUGACAGUAGUGUAGGGAUUCUACAUCACUUGCUGUGGUUGAACAUUGUAACAGCAAAUUAAAAAAGAAUAGGAAUAAUAAAAUGAUCUGCUGCUUGAGUGCUUAGAGGCAUUUAUAAUGACAUCAAAAUGUCUCUAAACAAAAUUCAUUUUUGAAACAAUUUGACAUGCAAAUGGUAGAUAAAUGCAUGAAAUAUGCCAUGUUUCAGC